CUUUUCUCUCUUAUUGAUCCCUUUCAGAACCUUGAGAGAGAGAGAGAGAAACCCCACCAAAGCGUGCACGAGAGAGAAAAGGAGCCAAAGAAGAAAAAAAACAAGCUUUGAUUUGUAUAAAACCACCACUUGUCUUACCAUAUCUUCAUUACAUCUCUCUCUCGUUCUCAGUUUUUCUUUCUUUGGGGUUUCUCAGGUAUUUUUCCUUUGAAAGUUCUCUUAGGGUUUGGUUUAUCUUUGUCAUACGUCUCCUCUUGUAAGCAAAGUUUUAUUACUUUUCAUAAGCAAGAUAAGAACUCUUCUUGCCUUGUAACAACAACAUAAUCAAUGGAAGGUUGUCAUAAACUCCUUGACUUGAUUCCUCAAGAAAGAAAAUGGUACCAUGAAGAAGAGAAGAACAACACAUAUCAAGAAAAGAAACUUGAGCUAAGGCUUGCACCACCCGGUGGUGAUGAGGAAGUCUAUGCAAUGAAAAAGAAGAACAUAGAGACAAGAAACAACAUCAAGAAGGAAGUAGAAGACAAACCUAUCUUCAAUUUUAGUACAAACCAUUUCUCUCCUUCCAACAAAACCACUUAUGCUCCACCUCACAUCUCUCAGAAAAGAACUGCACCUGGUCCAGUGGUGGGAUGGCCUCCGGUUCGUUCGUUCAGAAAGAAUCUAGCGAGCUCAAGCUUUUCAAAGCCCGGAAACGAUCAAAUCAACAAGAGUGGUGAUGGAGAGAAGCAACUAGAACCUAAGAGGGAAGGAAUGUUUGUAAAGAUCAACAUGGAUAGUGUUCCAAUAGGUAGAAAAAUCGAUCUCAAUGCUUACAGUAGCUACGAACAGCUCUCUUUUGCCGUUGACAAACUCUUCAGAGGUCUACUCGCAGCUCAAAGAGAUGCCUCUGGUGGUGAAGGAGAAGAGAAACCGAUCAUUGGUUUAUUGGAUGGUAAAGGAGAAUUUACUUUAACAUAUGAAGACAAUGAAGGAGACAAGAUGCUUGUUGGGGAUGUUCCUUGGCAAAUGUUCGUUUCAUCUGUGAAGAGACUGCGUGUGAUUAAAAGCUCUGAGAUUUCAUCUGCCUUGAGAUAUGGAUGCAGUAAGCAGGAUAAAAUGAGGAACUGA